UUGUAUCUUCAUCGGCCAAUCAGGAGCGUGGUGCCGACCGGCCGCGUCUGCUCCGGGGUGGCGGCGUGGGUCCAUUCCUUCGGAGGGGGGCAGCCGGUUGCUGUUGGGAUUCAAGAUGCAGUUCAUGCUUCUGUUCAGUCGACAGGGGAAGCUGCGGCUUCAGAAGUGGUACGUGCCGCUGUCCGACAAGGAGAAGAAGAAGAUCACCAGGGAGUUGGUGCAGACGGUCCUCGCUCGAAAGCCCAAAAUGUGCAGCUUUCUGGAGUGGAGAGACCUGAAGGUUGUGUACAAGAGGUACGCCAGCCUGUACUUCUGCUGCGCCAUCGAGCACCAGGACAACGAGCUCAUCACGCUGGAGAUCAUCCACCGCUACGUGGAGCUGCUGGACAAAUACUUCGGCAGCGUCUGCGAGCUGGACAUCAUUUUCAACUUUGAAAAGGCAUACUUCAUCCUGGAUGAGUUCCUGCUGGGCGGAGAACCUCAGGAGACGUCCAAGAAGACGGUGCUAAAGGCCAUCGAGCAGGCGGACCUGCUGCAGGAGAAUGUAGACUUUCAGAUGCGCCUGUUUGCAGGUGUGAUGGUCCCAAAUAUGGUCUCUGAGUCCUCUGGUCUUUUCCAGAAUUAGGAUGCCGAGCCCCGUCAUGAGUACUUUAACGUGCCUGUGUACUGAUUGGCUGCCGCCGCCGCCGCUACCGUCUCUGCAUGCUGAGCUCCACAGGCACCUUUUCCAUCCGAGCACUCGCCGCUGUGAUCGGUUCACGAGUAAAUGUGUGACUACAAUUGUCGCAGCAGUAAAUUGACAAUCGACAGUCAUUGCUAAACAUUAAGACUGGCCCAGGUAGACCAACGUCUGUCACUGAGGGUUUAAAAUCCAUUGAACCAGAAAUUGUUGUUUAGUGUGUUAAUUUGAUGACAUGUAAUAAUAUAUAUUGUGGCGACAUUGUCACAUGCAGGUCAUUCGUACAUUGGCUUUGUCGUAAAAUGAUUCCGGAACCAUCAAUCGAUGGAAAUAAAGUUCUGUAUUUCAGGGUGCGCCAAUCCGAGACCAAGUGGGACGGUUCACGUUUUCACUAUUAGUAAAACAAAACAUCACAGCGGUCUGAUGACGUUAUUCUGCAGGAUAAGCGUAACAAGGCCAAUUGUUUUUUGGCUGAUUGGCAGCUGAAAAGCGGGCCUUUAAAAUAUGGUUUCAAAUUCAUUUUUAAAUCAAGGUUUACUCACUAGAUCCCAUAUCAAAUGUUCCACCACUUGGCCUUCAUUGGCGAAGAAAGGUAUAACGUUAGCUGAAAACUGUUUGAGGUUUUAAGAUGAUUUUUUUUCAAAGGUGAAGAAUACAAUUUUUUUCCUCAACAAAACUAUGACAAUCUGUUAAAUAGCUGAUAUACUAAUUAAAGGAACACAUUUAAAACUUGAGAAAUCUUAUAAUUUUAGUUACUUAGAUGUUGUGCGUCAUUGUAUCACCUGUUUGAAGCCACAUUGGUUAGCAACAUUCUUUAGUAACUGUUUUAAAUUUACAUUUUAAUAAGGAAAAGGAUUUUAGUCAUCAGAGAAACAAGUUGAGCUAACGCUAGCAUCAGACGUCUGGAUCUCAAGUUAACUGAGAAACAAGCUGAGCUAACGUUAGCAUCAGAUGUCUGGAUCUAAAGUUAACUGAGAAACAAGCUGAGCUAACGCAAGCAUCUGACGUCUGGAUCUCAAGUUAACUGAAAAACAAGUUGAGCUAACGUUAGCAUCUGACGUCUGGACCUCAAGUUAACUGAGAAACAAGUUGAGCUAACGUUAGCAUCUGACGUCUGGACCUCAAGUUAACUGAGAAACAAGUUGAGCUAACGUUAGCAUCUGACGUCUGGACCUCAAGUUAACUGAGAAACGAGCUGAGCUAACGUUAGCAUCUGACGUCUGGACCUCAAGUUACCUGAGGAAAGAGCUGCGCUAACGUUAGCAUCAGACGUCUGGAAGUGGCCUGAGAAUCAAGCCGAGCUAACGUUAGCAUCAGCUCUGUUUUACAUUUCAUAUUUCUGGUGGUUCCCUCAUUGCUCUUGUUUCAGUAUGUGAUUCUGUAAUAGUUCUGUUUGAAGUAUUUGAUUGUAGGUUUGGUCCUUGAAGUGAGUUGUUUUUUAAUCUGAUUAAACUCUCGUUAAAAUUAAUAGACCACAUAGUUUUUGUAUUAUGUAAUUAUUAUUGAAAUAUUUUAGAUAAUCUGUAGUCCCGGAUUACUUUCCAUUUAUAAAAUAGCACAAUGUUAAGGUAAUUUGUAUUAGCAUUAUCAUUCGGAUUAAUCUCACUAACUAUGCAGUGAUUACGCGAGGGCUCUUCUGGUUUAAAUGCUAAUAGACAUUUUACCACACAUGAAAUCAAUAGCCUGAAAAGUUCUUUAUUUUGCAUUUAUGAACAGUGUCAAAGCUCUUUAAAUGUUCUGUAAUACCUGUUGAUAUUCAUCUGUGCCCUCAGAAAACCAGACAGUCAUGGUCAAUUUAAGAUAUUUGUAUGGAUAGAUUCUUAAUAAAUGUUCUGAUUCUUUAUCAAUUAA